AUGGUUGAACAAAAUUAUAUGGAUGGAAUUUCAAUGGAGCAUGUGGUUGAUGAAGACUUUGAGAGCAUACUGAAUGGUUUGGAUUUUUCAAUGCAAAAUUUGGAAGCAGACGUACUCGAGGAAGAUUGGGAUGCGACCGUAUAUGGUGAAUUAUUUGGGCCAAUUCCUUCGGAAACUCUUAUGAGUUUACCUUUGGAUAUUGCGAAUAGCUGUUUGGAGGAUCGUCGUAUGACCAAUGCUCCUAACGAAUUUCUGGAGUCCCAAGGGAAUGCUCUAUUCCAGACAGGAAGUCCAAUUUCUGUCCUGGAGAACAACCGCUCCUGUUCUGGUGGAAGGAGUGCAAUAUCCUUCAACUUUGGAUCUAAAGGCCGUCGCUCCAAGCGUGCACGAUCAUCAACUUUGAAUCCAUGGCUUAUGAUGGCUCCCAUGCCUUGUACAACUUCUGCAGCCAAGAAGAAUUCUGAUUCCAAAAGUGGAAAGGAAAAUAAGAGAAAAUUAUCAAGUGCCAUGGCGUUGUCACCUUUAUUUAAAAGGUGCACACAUUGUGAAGUAACAAAGACACCACAAUGGAGGGAAGGACCAUUGGGUCCAAAGACCCUAUGCAAUGCCUGUGGAGUUCGUUAUCGUUCUGGACGCCUACUCCCAGAGUAUCGACCUGCUGCUAGUCCCACAUUCAUUCCAUCUUUGCACUCAAACUCUCACAGGAAAGUCGUAGAAAUGAGAAGAAAAACAGUUGAAUGUGACAGCCAAAACUUUGUUCCUCUGGGUAGCUAUUUGUUAGAUGAAUAUUUUUAAAGAGAUGACUAUAGUU